GACGGUGAUCCGUCAAAUGACCGCUUUAUCCUCCGGUGCUUUUCCACACCAGUCAGAUUUUUCUUCUCCUUUUCCUCCGGUCAAUGUAAUACAAUAGUUACAAAUAGUCUGGUAGAAAGCUACUCGCUUUUGAGCUUUACUUGCCGACCGAACCAGGAAUAAAUGGGAGGAAAGGAUAGGUUUUGGCAUUUGUUAACACUGUCGGAGACAAUCACUCUCGCUGUCGUUCUUUCCUGUCUCCUGCGAUCUUAUUUUCGAGUGUAUGUGGAUCUGGAUCAUCUGAUCUUGAGACUUCCGACAUAAACAAAGGAGUGGAAAAGAUCCGAGCUCGAUCAGUAUAUUGAGAUUGUUAAAAAGAAGACGGACAGAAGAUAUUGAAACCAAGAUGAAGAAAAUUAAAGUGAAGUGUGAAAGAUUUUUUAUUUUGUGCAUUCAAACAAUAGUCAGAUUUAUAUAUUAUCAUCCUUUUGUCAUUUGUCUCGUGUUUGUCUUGCUUAAAUUGUACAAGUCUUUUCCUUCUCUGCUCGCUUUUCUGGUUUCUUCUUCUCCUGUCAUUGUCUGCACAUUCCUUCUUCUUGGACUCCUUUUGAGCUACGGAGAACCUAACAUACCUGUAAUCAAGGAAGAGAAUAAAAGGACUUGGGAUGCUUCUUCUAUGGACACAGGGAGCUCUUCGCGUUGCCUUUAUGCUAAGGAGAAUGAGAAUAUAUCAAUUGAGAACCAUAUAGAUUAUGGAAAUUAUAAUGAUGAAAAGGCCAUUGCAGACGAGGAAGAUUAUCACGCAGUGGAUGAAUCUGAAGGAAACAAGAACAUUAAUACCAUUAUGACCAAAAUUUCGUCAGGUGAGGAAGUGAAAAAAGCCAGCUAUGUUGUGGAGAAUGAAGUGAAUCAACUGAUUCAAGGAAAAGAACAUUCAGUCCAGGGGAGUUAUAAAGACGAUAUUGUUCUUGCCAAGAAGCUAGGUGGUGGAGCAGAAACUGGUGCAAAUGUAAUACCUUACAGUAUUAUGAAUGAAGAAAUUGAGAAUUUUAUGUUGGAGAUUGGGAGGCCUGCCUUGGACUGUCAUUUUGACUCCUCAUUAGCUUUGCCAUAUCAGUCUGUUGAAGAUCGUGAUGUUUCAUCAGAUAGUGAAUCAGAUGGUGCAGAGAGUUCCUCUUCUGAUGCUUCCAUGGAGAACAUCAUUCCCUUGUUUGAAGAACUGCAUCCUGUGCUACAUUCUGAGCAUGUUUCUAUUACAAAGUUAGCUGCUUCCUCUGAAGGUUCACUGGUGGACCAUGAAAGUGAUGAUAUUGAUGAAAAAUAUUUGCAAGAAAAAGAUGAAGCGCAAGAGGAAAAAGUUGUUUACGAUGCAACUGCUGCAGUGAGAUGGACAGAAGAUGACCAGAAAAACGUGAUGGAUCUUGGUUCUUCUGAAUUGGAGAGAAAUCAAAGGUUAGUAAAUCUAAUAGCAAAACGAAGAGCAAGGAAGAAUCUGACAUUUAGGAUGGACAGAAAUCCAAUUGACUGGGAUGCUAAUGACUCUUUCCUUGGCAAAGAUGAGCUAUCACGCCUUCAUGUCCAUGUUCCCUCGAGAAGGAAUCCAUUUGAUACUCCUGAUGACUCAGUGGAAACUAUGGACUUACCACCAAUACCCGGCUCUGCUCCGUCUUCUCUGCUACCCAGACGAAAUCCUUUUGAUUUUCUAUAUGGCGACGAAGAACAAGAGGGUAAUCUCAUAGGUGAAACUUGGGAUCUCCAGGAUUUUGUUCCAGCUUCACACUCUGAGAGCUUAUUUAGAAGGGUUGACACCUUUGACUUAGGAAGAAGAGACCUUCAGCAAGAGAGACAUCAGUCGAGGUUUAAACCUUAUCUUACUUCAGAGAUGGAUUUAGAAGGAACUUCUAUUUUUCAGAGACAAUACAGUGGCAAUAGUGAAUCAAAAGUGAGUUUUAUUUCAGGAUCAGACACAGUUUCUCCAUCUACAGAUCUGGCACAUAAAAGAGGGCUGGAGAGGCAGGAGGUUAAUAGGGAAGUUGAACUGUCAUCUCUUGCUGAACAUGGAACUGAUGCAGGGGAUCUUCAAAUUCACACUUCUAAGGAGGAAUCUGAUGACGCUGACAAAGGGAAGAGGGAACAUCCUACAAAUUAUAUUGAGAUUGAUGAAGCUAGUCCAUCAGCCAGUUGGAGCUCUCUCGAUAAACAGGAAGCUUUGCAGUGUGCAGGUCAAGGUGGUAAUCUGGAUUCUUUAGUGAAGUUAGAAAUUUGUUCUCCAGGGGCAUUGGAGGUCACAGCUGCUUCAGGAACUGCAGAUUCUCUGCCAGUUAAUGCAAAUGUGGAAGAGUUAUCAUCCGUUGGUAAAAAACCAUUUGAAUGGUUCCCAACUUCAGUUUUUAUCUAUGAAAACAGAUCAAGACUGAGUGAGGUUGAUGACAACAGUGAAUAUAAUGCAGCCAAAAUCGGAAAAUCAGUUGUUCAAGAAGUUCCAGAUCAAGAUGGAAGUUUAAUUAGUUUAGAAUUAAUUGAAUCAUCAGAAUGCUUGGAUUCCUUGAUUGUUAUGGAGAAGAUUUCUGAGAUUAGUAUCCAGUCAAUAAGUGAUCUGUCCAAGUCAAGCAGUGCCACUGAGAGUCCAGCUCUGACAAAGACUGUCAAUAGCUCUGAUGAAGAAUCUAAUGAGGUCCAAUCUUCUGCCUUAGAUACUUGCCAGACUUUGCCAGAAGAGAUCGAUCGAUCUGCUAAUUCCCACAUUAGAGAGCUGUUAUCUAAUCAUGAAGGAUCUGAUUUAAUGUUUCAAAAGGAUAGCCAGUCUGAAGAUAUUGCUUCUGGUUCCAAAAGUUCAUUAAACCAUGUCUUCGAUUCUAAAGGUAAGUCUGCUAUGAUUGCUGAUGCAUUAGGUAACCAAUCCUCCGAAGAAAGUUCCAUUAAGUCUCCGGAGGUGCAUUCAGAAGUCAGCCAAGACCAAAUUGUUGAAACACUAACUUGGUCUCCGUGUGACCCUAGGGAUAACAUUGAACAGACUCUUCUUCAGUCGAGUGAAGCUUGUACUACUCAGAACAAUGUAUCCCAAACUGUGACAGAUUUAGAGAUUCCAGUCAUCGAAACAAAAUCUGUUGAAGAAAUCAACGCAUAUCAUGAAAAUCACUCAUAUUUUGAACAAACUAGCGAUGAAAGCAACAAACAAUCUAUACAUCAAGCUAACACUGAUUCAGAUUUUCCAGAUGUUGAAGCAAGAUCUAUUGAAGAAAUUCACUCACAUUUUCAAAAAAUUACUGAAGAAUGCCCAAGCUUACCUCUAUAUGAAUGAGGGUGAGUCUCUUGUCGAAGCAAAUUAUAUUGAAGCUAUCGAUGUAGCAUUUGGUCGGCUUUCGCAUAGUAUCAGUAAUAAAGCCCCUAAAUUUACUGAAGAAACUCCAAGUGUAACCAUAUUUACCAGAAUGAGUCUCGAGAUUCUCAUGAUAAUAUGCAUUUGGAUGCAAUCAUGCAAAGCUGAUUCAAUCGGACCAUCUUGUUGUUGAAGAAAAUUCAAUUGAAGAUAGCCAUCUGUCACAUAGUACCAGCAACAAAGCCCCAGAAGUGCACACUGCUGAUGACAUCAGUUUGAAUUUGAAGGAACCUUUGGCUACUGAAACUCGUUCAAGCAGGGAUACUGAAAAUAUUGGUGAAAAGUUCAAAAGUAUCCAUUAAGUCUGCUGCCUCUGCAACUCAAGGAAGGAACAGAAAAACAAAAAACAAAAGCUAGGAAUUUCUCCUCAAGCCAAGUUCAAGUUCCAGCUCUAGUACUUCUUUAAGGCUCUGAUUUUUUAUUUUUAUUUUAUUAUUAUUUUUUUAAUGAAAGUUUUGGAGGGUUUUUUCAGCUUUCGGAUUAGAAUGCAAUUAUUUCUUUAUGAUUGCAGUGGCUGUGAGUGUAUAAUUUUACCUAUUUUAUUUCAAUGGAAAAUAAAAUCAUUUUGCUGUGGUUU